AUGGGGGUAAAAUUUUUAGAAGUUAUUAAGCCAUUCUGUGCAGUGUUACCUGAAAUCCAGAAACCGGAAAGAAAAAUCCAGUUCAGAGAGAAGGUACUAUGGACGGCUAUCACGCUCUUCAUUUUCUUAGUAUGCUGCCAGAUACCUUUGUUCGGAAUCAUGUCAUCGGAUUCUGCAGAUCCGUUCUAUUGGAUGCGAGUCAUUCUUGCGUCAAACAGAGGUACUUUGAUGGAAUUAGGUAUUUCACCCAUUGUGACAUCUGGUUUGAUCAUGCAGCUGCUAGCUGGGGCGAAGAUCAUUGAAGUCGGUGAUACUCCAAAAGACAGAGCCUUGUUCAAUGGAGCUCAGAAAUUAUUUGGGAUGAUUAUUACCAUUGGGCAAGCCAUUGUGUAUGUUAUGACUGGAAUGUAUGGAGAUCCUGGUGAAAUGGGUGCUGGAAUUUGUCUUCUUAUUAUAAUUCAGCUGUUUGUUGCUGGUUUGAUUGUGUUGCUGUUAGAUGAGUUGCUACAGAAAGGUUAUGGCUUGGGGUCGGGGAUUUCCCUGUUUAUUGCUACCAACAUCUGUGAAACCAUUGUCUGGAAGGCUUUCAGUCCCACUACCAUCAACACUGGCAGAGGAACAGAGUUCGAGGGUGCUGUGAUUGCAUUAUUUCAUCUUCUGGCUACACGAACCGACAAAGUCCGGGCUUUGCGGGAGGCUUUUUACCGACAGAAUUUGCCCAAUCUCAUGAAUCUGAUUGCGACAGUAUUUGUAUUUGCUGUAGUCAUAUAUUUCCAGGGAUUUCGUGUUGAUUUACCUAUCAAGUCCGCACGAUACCGUGGGCAGUACAGCAGCUAUCCGAUUAAGCUCUUUUAUACCUCCAACAUUCCCAUCAUCCUGCAGUCUGCCUUAGUUUCCAACCUCUACGUUAUUUCCCAGAUGUUGUCUGUUCGUUUUAGUGGCAACUUCUUGGUGAACUUACUAGGACAGUGGGCAGAUGUCAGUGGCGGCGGCCCUGCUCGCUCCUAUCCUGUUGGUGGCCUGUGCUACUACCUGUCCCCUCCGGAAUCCAUGGGUGCAAUAUUUGAGGAUCCUGUCCAUGUAAUAGUUUAUAUAAUAUUUAUGUUGGGAUCCUGCGCGUUCUUCUCAAAGACGUGGAUUGAGGUGUCCGGGUCAUCAGCAAAAGAUGUUGCCAAGCAACUCAAAGAACAGCAAAUGGUGAUGAGAGGCCACAGGGACACUUCGAUGGUUCACGAGCUGAACAGGUAUAUCCCUACCGCAGCUGCAUUUGGUGGUUUGUGCAUCGGUGCCCUUUCGGUAUUGGCUGACUUUCUAGGAGCCAUCGGGUCCGGCACUGGCAUUCUGCUCGCGGUCACGAUUAUUUAUCAGUAUUUUGAAAUAUUUGUAAAAGAACAGGCUGAAGUCGGAGGAGUAGGUGCAUUAUUUUUCUAGAUGUCCAAAUAUUUCAUGGUUUGUGUGAAAGGGAAAGUAUUUUGACAACAUGCGUCAUUUAGUCCAAUAACGCUAUUUUCUUUUUACUUGUUUUAAAGUGCUACAUGUCCCAUUACUGUAAUGGGCGUUGAGCAAUGCCUGUGUGCAGCAUUAGUACCAGCUGCCUUAAGAAUAAAGUUUACAUUAUCUUGUUUA